UACAGACAAGUUAACAAAUUCAACCAAAGCAAAACUGGUCUGUACUGAAAGAUAACCCAAAGACCUCAGCCUGAUAGGGUAUCAGCAGCAAUGGGAACAGCACGUGCUGUCCUUCUCUUACUAUUCCUGAUGCCAUCUGUAUAUUAUACUGAGGCUAAAAAGUUCUACCAACAAGAAUCUCCUCCAAAGCAGAAAUCUGACUGUCUGUGUGAAGGCAGCAGUUGCUAUGUUAGUCCUGAUAACUUUUGGUGUUUGAAGAAACAAAUGUGCUCAAAUUACAUCAUCAUACUAAAUGGUGAGAAAUUCAAUGUAGAUAUUGAGAAUGGCUUUAUAGUCAUUGAGAAUGUGUCCAACUUGACAAUAUCUGGUGGAGAAAGUGGCAGUGUUAUUGAGUGC